AUGGGGGCGGCGGAGGAAGCCACAGCAAAAGUGAGCAAUGCAACAGGUUCCCUGCUACCUUGCUUCUGAGCCAACGUGCCUUAGGAUCGGGUUGCGCCUUAAGCGAUCCAUUUCUCUCUAUCUCCCCACCUCCCAGUUCCUGGGGAUGCCAGUGGGAGGCUCGCUUCCCAGUGGAAGUGAAAGGUGGGGGGCAGGGGAGACAUUGCGCUCCCCCAACCCGAAAAAGGCUCACCGGCAUCCAUCCGCAAGGCGCUGUGCGACCGCUCAAGAACUGGGCGCGCAAGAGGCAGAAGUGAGGGGAGAGCAAGAUGCUUAGAUUAAUCACUCAAUUACUGAAUUGAGGGAACUAAUCUGCAUGUCUCUAAAAUCUCCAGGUUGUUUUCUUUUUAACACCUAUAAGGGAUAUAUUCUAUUAUGUUUUUAAUUUGUAUUUAUGCAUUUAUCACUGUAUUUACCGGCCACAAGGCCUUUGGGGGAUCACAGAAUCGUUGAGUUUGAAGGGAAACUCUUUGUUUCUGGCAACAUUUGAGACCAGUGACUGGGAGAACAUUUUAAACUUCUUUUAGAAUGCUUUAAAAAUGGUUUGGGUUUUUUUAAUAAAUAAAAUCAUUGAUGUAUUAGAAUCAGCAUUGCAGAAUUGGACGGGACCAUGAGGGCCAUCUAGUCCAGCCCCCUGCACUGCAGGAAUCACAGCUAAAGGAUCAUAGCAUUCUAGAAGGGGGCCAGUGGCAGACUUUGGGCUCUCAAAUUUCAGCAGCACCCUGUGCAACGCAAAAAACAACUCAGCGCCCCCACCUCUCAUGCUCCGUUCUACACCGAGGGGAUCCGAAAAGCCAACUAGUUAAGCCCACUGCAAUGUGGUGCCAAAAACUGGACUCCAGGUGAGGUCUGAGCAAGGCAGAAUGGAGCAUUACUAUUCCUUCCCUUGCUCUGGCCUAAAAUCACAUUAGCCCUUUUUGCUGCUGCAUCAAACCCGUUGCAAGGUUGCAAACACCUGGCUUGACAGGUGUCUCUGUGUCUUUCUCCCCGACAGAGGUCCCGCUAUGCGCAGGGUGCAACCAGCACAUUGUGGACCGCUUCAUCCUGAAGGUGCUGGACCGGCACUGGCACAGCAAGUGCCUGAAGUGCAGUGAUUGUCAAGUCCAGCUAGCGGAGAAGUGCUUCAGUCGCGGGGAGAGCGUCUACUGCAAGGAGGACUUCUUUAAGUGAGUCCUGGGGGUGGAGGAGGAGGGGGAUCAAAUGGGCCACAAGGGAGUCCGUUUCCUAAGGGGAGAUCCCUGUUGGGAUCCACCCCCUGUGCAACAAAAUAAGGUCACAGAAUCACAGAAGGGGAAGGAAUCCUCCUAAGGACCAUCUGGUUCAAGUCCCUACAAUGCAGGAAUCACAACUAAAGAAUUGCAAGCCUUGCCUGGGGGUAGGACUCAGGCCAAUUCAUAUCCUGCAAAAGCCAAAGAAAGAGUUGUCCAUUGGAGGCAUAAGAACACCAGCAGAGCCAUGCAGGAUCAGGCCAGUGGCCUGUCUAGUCCAGCCACCUGUCCUCAUUGUGGCCAUGUUUAUGAUGACAGUGGUACCUCCAUGCCCAGGGGCAGUCUACUCCUGAACACCAGGUGGUGGGGAACCGGAGAGUUGCUGUUGUGCUUGGGUCCUGCUUGUGGGCUUUCCAUAAUAGGCAUCUAGUUGGUCACUGUGAGGACAGGGUGCUGUAUGACAUAGACUCCCUUUAGCCCAAUCCAGCAGCCAGGCUCUUGUUAUGUUCUAAUGGAACCUCCAGGUCCAGAGGCAGUCUAUCUCAGUUCCUAGGUUCUUGGGGGCAUUUGGCCGCUGUGAGAACAGGAUGCUGGACUAGAUGGGCCCCCUUUGGCCUGAUCCACCUGCAACAACCAGGCUUUGCUUGGGCAUGGACAGAAUUCCCCUCCCAUCAUGAAGAAAGACAGCCAGCUCCCUCUACCACUUGCACUUGCAUUAUGGACUUUCAGGGGGAUGCGUGCGCAUGACUCCAGAAUUCACUCUGUGUCCAUUUUUUGGGAAGGUGUCCCAGCGUGCUCUUGGGUCUCUUCAACAGCAGAAUUGUACAAUAAAUUCCCCAUUUGUAAGUUCUCAGAUCUUUCAGCAUGAUAGCACCUACUCCCUUCCUAUUGAUAUCAGGCAGGCACCUUCUUUAGGGUACUCUUUUUGGCACGUGCUAAAAAUAUUUUUUUUGUUUAGACAAACCUCUCCAGACAUUGAGAAAGUUGGUGUGAGUUUUAAUUUAGUCUAUUAUUAUUUUAACUUUUCAAAAGUCUUAAAUUGUUAUUAAUUCUUCUUUUUGGUAACUUUAUUGUUUCAUCUUUUUGGAAACAGCUGUGAGGUUUUUUUUUACUAUCAAGCAAUGUAUAAAUUUUAUGAGAUAAAAUUUGUCCCUGCUGAUUUAUUUCAAGAGACUUUGCUGCAGUUGUUUAAUUAAAGAUGAGUUUUAAUUUGCUUUAGUCUAUUGUUAUUUGAACUUUUUGAAUUUCUUACAUUAUUGUUAAUUUUUCUUAGUGAUCAUUUUAAUGCUUUAUCUUUUUUGUAAAAUGACUUUGAGAUUUUUUUAUUUUAUUUUUACAAUUGAGCAGCAUACAAGAUUUUAUGAAAUAAGUAAAUAAUAAAUAAGUACACCCAGGAGCUGCCAGUUGACUAUGGGAUCAUUUUCUUUGCAUCAUAGAACCAUAGAAUUGGAAGGGAUCCCAAGGAUUACCUAAUUCAGUGUUUCCCAAAUUUGGGCCUCCUGCUGCUUUUGAACUACAAUUCCAUCAUCCCUGAACACUGGUCCUGCUAGCUAGGGAUGAUGGGAGUUGUAGUCCAAAAACAGCUGGCAACCCAAGCUUGGGAAACCCUGAUCUAGUCCGACCCCCUGUAAGGCAAAUGAUCCUGGACCACAACAGGAAUGUAGUUUCUUCAGCAAUGAAAGGAAAAUUUCAAGGAAGGACUCAGAACAUAUUAAUUUACAGAAUCAUAGGAUUGUAGAGUUGGAAGGGGUACCAAGAGUCAUCUAGUCCAACCCUCUGCCAUGCAAGAAUCAUAACUAAAGCUUUGUUCCUUUCAAUAACCAAACAGGAGGUUUGGGACCAAAUGUGCGGCCUGUCAACAGGGGAUUCCUCCAACACAGGUUGUGCGGAGAGCCCAAGACUUCGUCUACCACCUCCACUGCUUUUCCUGUGUUGUCUGCAAGCGACAGCUGGCCACAGGGGACGAAUUCUACCUCAUGGAGGACAGUCGCCUGGUUUGCAAAGCUGACUACGAGACAGCCAAGCAGAGAGGUGGGUUGCACCCAGAAGGCUCCCUGUUAUUUCAUCUCCAAUAUUUAUGGAGCAUUUUCACCAUAGAUGGUCACAAAGUGGUGCUUACUUUGAGGGGGUUGCCUCCCCUAGUACGGAGUGGCUUGGCACACUCAUUGUCACAUGGAUUUUUUAUCUGCUUUGGAAGUUCUCCAAACUCUCUUUACACCUGGGGUGGGUGAGGUAUUUUCUGUUGAGUACCACAUUCUAUCGGGGGAAUCUGUCAGGGGGUAUAUGGUGGAACUGGGCAGAGCCAGAGUCACUUGGUCAGUUUCCCUAAGAAAAUUGGAAACAGAUUUUGGAGGUGUUGAUUCCUAAAUUUUAUUCCAAUCCAUUAGAAGAAUUUGUGUGCUGAUAUCUGGUUCCCAUAUCAUUUGAAGGGGUUCCAUAGAUCCGUAAGUUACAUUAAGCAAUAAAGAGUAUCAUUUAACUCUUCCCCCCAUCUCUAUCCAUUGUGUUUAAUAAAUUUUCAGUUUUUGUCAAGGGCCUCAGAGCUUGUAUUUUUACACACGCUUUUAUAAUAAAACUAUUUAUUUGAUUAACUAAAUCCAGCUUGUGUAAAAAUUUGGCAAAGUUUAUUUUAUUGGGUUAAUGGAGGCUGAUUAUUGGUAUAAAAAUCUCACUGUGUGUAAAUAUUCGGAUUCCCAAAUUAUUUCUCCCUUGCUGGAAAAAAAUCUGGGUGAUGUGAUAUUGGGAUUAAUGAAGAAAUAACAGAUGCAAGUUUAGGUUGCCAGGUUUUCCAAUAGUACAAUAUGAACAGUACAAUUAGUAAAUUGAUUCCAUAGAAUUGAAUUGUAGAAUUGUAGAUUUGGAAGGGAUGCCAAAGGUCACCUUGUCCAGUCUCCUGCUAUGCAGGAUUUGUUAUAGAGUUCAGUUCCAUUUAUGUUGAAUUGUUUAUACCAUUAGUUCAAAAGAGACCAGAGAAAUGAAGCACUGGCGAACUCCUUCCAGCGCUAUGUGGAUUGAAUGGACAUCUCAGAUUUGGGAAAAGAACAGACUUGUGAAAUUAGAACAAGAAGGAAAAACAACAUAACAAAGGACUUUUAAAAAGUUUGGGCAGGCUUUAUUUCAUUUUUAAUAUCUAAGGAAUAUGGCUUUCAGCCGCCUAUUGGAAAUUUAUGGAAAAGCAUGCAUGCACACACACACGCAUAAAAGUUACUAGACACUUUAUGUUCUGAGAGGGUUGGGAGACAAGGUUAGUGGUAAAAAAAAUGUUUGCUUGUAUUAUUUUGGAUAUAUGAAAAAAACCAAUAAAGAAUUCUUAAAAAAACAAAAACCAACCACAAUCCAGAGAAUUGGAUGGGCUGGGGGUUGAUUUAGGGUCAUAGGUUUGUGGUUCCUGGAGCUUUGGGAUAUUUGAUGCCUUGUCUCUUGGGGACAUUUGCAGAAGCGGAGUCCACAGCAAAGAGACCCCGCACGACAAUCACAGCCAAGCAACUGGAAACCUUGAAAAAUGCAUACAACAAUUCCCCAAAGCCGGCCCGGCAUGUGAGGGAACAGCUUUCCUCCGAGACCGGCCUGGAUAUGAGGGUGGUCCAGGUGAGUGACCCUACCUGAGGGUGGGUGGGGCAAGGGAGGGAGCAGGCAUUUUCCAGCAAGCAUUUUAACUAAUGCUUGAUUAUAUAUAUAUUUUUACUGAUUCUGAAUUGCAUCUUGCAAACUGCUUAGAGACCAUUAUAGUUAAGAGUAUAAAAUCUGUUUAAAUAAAGAGAAAGAGAGAGAAGAGUGUGUGCUGGGUUGGGAAAAUAGUUGCUGGUAUGUUACUAAUAUCGACUGUCACCCAAAUGCGACAGCUGCCAGCAUUCCUGAACUGGGAAAGCAUUGCCAUAGUAGUUCAUGCACUGGUUACUUUAAGGUUGGAUUACUGCACUGAGCCCACUGUGGGGCUUCCCUCAUGCUUGAUUUGUAGGCUGCAGCCACUGCAGAAUGUUGAAGCACAAUUGCUGGCUGGACUGGUGCCUUGUCAGCAUAUAACAGCUGUGCUCAGAGAUCUGCUAUGGUUGCUGAUUUGCUGCUGAGCCAAGUUCAAGUUGUUAGUGUUAGUAUAUAUAAAACCUUAACAACUUGCGACAAGUUUACCUAUGAGAUUGCCUUACCCCUCAUGCGCCCUCUUGACUGCUUCAAUCAGCAGAAUUGGCACUAAUAUAGGUGCCACAUAAUAAUUAUACCUUUGUAAGAUUUUGGUCUUUUGGUGUGGUAGCUUUGGAACUCCCUGUCUGUGGAUAUCAAUUUUAUGAAACAAACAAACAAUUAUUAAUAUAAAUAUUUGCUUUGCUUUGAUAUUUUUUGUUCUGCUUUUCCAACAAUGGAUGUUGAGCUCAAAGCACAAUAAUCACAAUGGCAUUAAGAACAACAAAAGAUUGCAAUCCUUAUAACAUGCAAAUAAAGCAAACACAGCAAUAAAUUCAUCAAAGCAAUUUGGCAUUUAAAUGUGCUGUUAAAUAUUGUCUAUUUGUUGCAUUACAUGCAUGUUUUGAAUUGUUGUACUGUAAUGCAAAAGCGAUAAAUAAAAUUAUUUAUCUGCUUGGAUAAUUAACUGUUAAUAAAAAUUUAACUGCUUGGACACCUUCAGGUAACGAAUGGCUAACUGGAGGUAGGAAUACCAAUAAAUACUUAUUUAUUUAUUCAAUGUCUUCCCUGCCCUUCGCCACAAGGUUACAGCAAUUUAAAAACACAAGGCUUUUUUCAACUAAGUUUUUCUCAGAGUAGACCUACUGGAAUGAAUGACCAUGGCAAAGGUAGUUUCAUUAAUUCCAACAUAUCUACUCUGAAUAAAACUUAGUUGAAUACUCCCCCCCCCCAAGUUUAAAACAAAUUACUGCCACAAGGCCAGGGUAAAGUGGUGCAUCUUCAACAUAUUAUAUUAUUUGCUUAUGCUAUAAAAUUUAUACACCACCUGGUUGUUAAAAAAGACCCUUCAAGGCAGUUUACAAAAAGAUAAAACAAUAAAAUCAAGUAACAAUACUUGAAAAUGUACAAAACUUUCUAAGCAUCUGGGUAGGCUUGUCUAAACAUGAACGUUUGAGCAGGUACCAAAAUAUCCAAAGGCAGGGAGUUUCAAAGUGUAGUUGUUGUUACACUUAAGAAUCAGGUUUAUAUGCUGGGAUUAUUAUUAUUAUUAUUAUUAUUAUUAUUAUUAUUAUUAUUGACAUUUAUAUCCCGCCCUAUACUCACAGAUAUACCUAUACCUGAUGGAAACUAUAUAUAAUAGCAUUUCUGUGGUGACAGAAUCCCACAACUUCAGAGGUCAAUAUAAACUUGUAUAUUGUAAAUGUGAGCUUGAACUUGUAGCAAGUGCCCAACCCUCAGAAAAAUAAAAGUAAGUGAGAGAUGGACAUCUCUGGGGAAAUGUCCAUGUUGCAGUGAGAGGUGAAUUGCAGCUUCCAGGAUGGCAGUGGCUUUCUCAGGAGCACUUAAAUGUUGCAGAUUUAAGAGCUUCUCCUGGCUGGCUCCUCAGGUUUGGUUCCAGAAUCGGAGAGCGAAAGAGAAGCGGCUCAAGAAAGACGCUGGGAGGCAGAGGUGGGGGCAAUACUUCCGGAACAUGAAGCGGUCAAGAGGGAACUCUAAAUCCGACAAGGAGAGCAUCCAGGAAGAGGGCCCGGACAGCGACGCUGAGGUCUCCUUCACAGGUACAUAGAAUUGUAGAAUUGCAUACCCUCCAACAUUUCUCCAAUGAAAAUAGGGACGCUCUAUUUCAUACUAAUAACAAUGUUAUUAUUCAUACUCCACUCAUCUGACUGGGUUGCCCCAGCCACUCUGAGCGGCUUCCAACAUAUAUAAACAUAUUAUGUUUUUAUAUAAUAAAACAAUAAGCAUUAAAAAAAAAAACUUCCUAUACAGGGCUGACUUCAGAUGUCUUCUAGAGGUUGUAUCUCCUUGGUUCAGGUGUUGCAUAACUCCAUACCCUCCAACAUUUCUCCAAAGAAAAUAGGAAUAAAUCUGAAUAUGGGAUGGCUUCUGUAAAUCUGGGACUGGCCCUGGAAAAUAGGGACACUUGGAGGGUAAGGAAUCGGAAGGGAUCCCAAGGCCCAUCUAGCUCAACACCUGCAAUGUGCAACAUCUGGACAUGCAUUUGGAAGACAAUUUGUUAUGCUUGGUGAUUUAUUUUUUUUUAAUUCAACAAAGUUUGUAAAAAUAAAAUAAAAAUAAAGCUGCUCUCUCUUUCCCCCCUCUUCCAGAUGAACCAUCUAUUUCUGAGAUCAGCCACAGCAACGGAGUCUAUGGAAGCCUUGGGGAAAACUCUCCUGCCCUGGGGCGGCCAGCUGGGGGCAAUGGAGGCUUCUCCCUGGAGCACAGUGGACUCCCAGUUCCAGACCAGUAUCAUGACCUCCGCCCUACCAGCCCUUUGCAGGCCCUGCCUGGCCACCAGCCCUUGAUGUCCAGCCUGGUUUACCCUGAUGGUGGCCUCAGCCUGGUGGGGCAGAGCGGACAGGGAGUGCCCCAGCCCAUGAGGGUGCUGGCAGGGAAUGGACCCAGCUCCGACCUCUCCACGGGGAGCAGCGGGGGCUACCCAGACUUCCCUGCGAGUCCUGCCUCAUGGCUGGACGAAGUGGAUCAUGCCCAGUUUUGA